AUGGAGCAGAUAGCGGGGUUGAUACUUAUACUGUUGGGCAAGACUGUAUGCAACAAAAAAUCUAUGAGUCUUACUGUAUCUGAAGAUCCUUUUCCUAUUCCUCAUGAAUUUUAUCAGCCAGGUGACCUGAUCAUUGGUGGGAUUGCUUCUCAUAUAUUUUUCUUUCACAAUACUCCCUUGUUCAUGGAACAACCUACAAAGAAGUUGAUAGAUGAACCCACAUGGACAUGGAUUGGGCUUGUGGCUAUGGAUGAUGACAACGGGGACAGGUUUUUGCAGACUGUGGUACCUUUGCUUUCACAGAAUAGGAUCUGUUACUCUUUCAUAUUCAAAACAGCAAAAAGGGCAUAUAAGGAUGAUAUGUUAAUGUUGCUCUCACAGUUGCAAGAACAAUAUCCAGUCCUCGUGGAGAGCAAAGCCAAUGUAUAUUUUGUGUAUGGAGAACCUCCGGCUCUGUAUAUUCUGAGAAUGUUGCUCUUUGCAGCAGAAAUGGCUUUAUUAACACCUCUAGGUAAAGUGUGGAUUGUGACAUCUCAAUGGAAUUUUGAAUCUCUGUCCAUUCAAACAUCUUGGGAUAUACAAAUCUUCCAUGGUGCCUUGUCUUUCACAGAACAUUCCAGGCAGCCUCCGGGUUUCCAACAAUUCCUUCAGAAUGUAAGACCUUCCUGGGCAAAAGGAGAUGGUUUUAUCCAAGAAUUCUGGGAACAGGCAUUCAACUGCUCAUUGAAAUCUUUCCCUCCGGAAGAGGACAGCAGGAUGCCCUGCACAGGGGAAGAGAAACUGGAGAGCCUUCCUGGGGUUCUGUUUGAAAUGAGCAUGAGUGGCCACAGCUAUAAUAUCUACAAUGCUGCCUAUGCUGUGGCACACUCGUUGCAUGCCAUGCAUGUACUGAGACCCAAAUACAAAAGUCUAGCAGGAGAGAGGCAAACGAUUCACAAUGUGCAUCCCUGGCAGCUUCACCCCUACCUACAUGGCAUCUCAUUCAACAACAGUGCCGGAGACACUGUGCGUUUUGACGAAACAGGAGAAAUGGUGAUGGGGUUUGAUGUUACAAACUGGGUCACUUUUCCCAACAGCUCUUUUGUGAGAGUAAAGGUUGGAAGGCUGGAUCCUCAGGCUCCUCAAGGCCAAGAGUUAACCCUGCAUGAUGAGCAGAUUGAGUGGCAUGGAAGAUUUAAUCAGGUGCAGCCGGUUUCUGCAUGUAAUGACCCCUGCUACCCUGGCUACAGCAAGAAAAAGAAGGAGGGAAUGAAAUUUUGCUGCUAUGAUUGUGCUUCCUGUCCAGAAGGGAUGAUCUCCGAGCAAAAGGAUAUGGAUUCCUGCUUACAAUGCCCAGAAGAUCACUAUCCUAGCAAAGACCAAACUCGGUGCAUGAACAAGAUUCGAAGCUACCUCUCUUUCAAAGAACCUUUAGGGAUCAUCUUGGCCGCAUUGGCUACUUCUUUUUCUCUUCUCACGGUGUUGGUACUUGGAGCCUUCGUAAAGCACCGGGAGACUCCCAUGGUCAAAGCCAACAACCGGAGCAUCACCUACAUUUUCCUUAUUUCCCUGCUGCUGUGCUUCCUCUGCUCAUUUCUGUUCAUUGGACAGCCUGGAAGGGUGACCUGCCUUCUCCGACAAACAGCUUUUGGAAUCAUCUUCUCUGUGGCCCUGUCCAGUGUGUUGGCCAAAACCUUCACUGUGGUUUUGGCCUUCAUGGCUACACGACCAGGAUCCAGGGUGAGGAAAUGGAUGGGGAAAAGAAUGGCAAAUUCUGUUAUCAUUGCUUGCACUUUGAUCCAGGCCUGUAUUUGUGUUAUUUGGUUGAGUACUUCCCCUCCAUUCCCAGAUACAGACCUGCAUUCAGUGAAUGGGCAAAUCAUACUGGAAUGUAAUGAGGGUUCAGCUACCAUGUUUUACUUUGUCUUGGGGUAUAUGGGCUUCCUGGCCGUUGUAAGCUUCAUUGCAGCUUUCCUUGCCAGGAAGUUGCCUGACAGUUUCAAUGAAGCCAAAUUCAUUACUUUCAGCAUGAUGGUCUUUUGCAGUGUGUGGCUUUCAUUUGUUCCGACCUACUUGAGCACGAAGGGGAAAUACAUGGUGGCUGUGGAGGUCUUCUCUGUCUUGGCCUCCAGUUUUGGUUUGCUGGGCUGCAUUUUCCUCCCAAAAUGCUACAUCAUUAUUAUGCGUCCUGAACUGAACAGUAGGGAACAGUUAAUAAACAGAAGCAACACGAAUACAUAA